AUGGUUAUAAAGUCCAUUGUUCAAGAAUGUGCGGGAUUGCCACUUGCAGUCAUCACAAUGGCAAGAAGCAUGCGAGGAGUUACCGAUAUGUAUGAAUGGAAUGAUUGCUUGGAGAAAUUGAGAGAAUCGGAUAUGGGGCAAACGGAUAUGGAAAAGGGGGUCUUAAAGAAACUAGAAUUCAGUUAUAAUCGCCUUGGUAAUCAUGAAGUCCAACAGUGUUUCCUAUCUUGUGCACUUUAUCCCGAAGAUAAAUGGAUUGAUAAGUUCGAGUUGAUAGAAUUCUUUAUUGACCAAGGAUUGAUUGGUCGAUUGAAUACAAGGGAGAAACAAUAUGUUAGAGGCCUCACCAUAUUGAAAAAACUGGCAAAUGUUUGCCUAUUGGAGGUUCAUGAGAGCACGAUGAGGAUGCACGAUUUGAUUAGAGAUAUGGCAUUGCACAUCAUGAGUGUGACUUCGAUUGUAAAAGCAGGAAAGGGGUUGCGGAGGAUACCAUCCGAAGAAUAUUGGACGGAUGCUUUGGAGAAAGUUUCUUUGAUGGAGAAUUAUAUUGAAGAAUUUCCCUUGAACAUGUCCCCUAAUUGUCCUAAACUAUCAACUCUUCUAUUGAAUAAAAAUUCAUGCUAUGAUUUGGUCAACCCCGAUUCUUUCUUCAAACAAUUAUGGGGGCUACAGGUUCUAAACCUAAGUGGAUGUUACCUCAAAGAACUUCCAGAUUCCAUUUCAGACUUGGUAAACUUGAGAGCACUAUUACUUAGAAAAUGUGAGAAAUUGCGCCGCAUCCCUCAUUUAGGGAAGCUCAGAUCUUUGAGAAAGUUGGACAUUUUUUGUUGUGCCGGGGUUGAAGCGCUCGAGGGUUUGGAAAUGCUAGUGAAUUUGAGAUACCUUGACCUUUCUCAUACACGCAUAGGUAGAUUACCCGAAGGAACAUUGGGGGCUUUGCGAAACUUGCAAUAUCUUAAAGUUGAGGUAGCAAAUGGAGAAGACAUUACAAACUUGCAGGCAUUGGAGACACUUGUAUACUGCUUUGAAGAUGUGGAUGAUUUCAACAAGUUUGUGAGGGCAACUUUUGAGAAGAGAAAUAACCUUCACUAUUACAAUCUUAACAUGGGUCGAGAAGAAUUGAAGGAUUAUAUGAAAGUAAGUGAUGAUGCUCAAUUUGGGAAUUGUGAGAGGGGUGUCCACAUCGAGAGGAGGAGUCAUGCUAUUGUGAGCAUGGGAGGGGCAUUGGCAUUUGUAUUUUGA